UGUUGAUCUUUCAACUUAGACAUCAUGUCACUUUCACCGUGGGAUUUUGGGAGUAUGAUGUCAUGAAGAGAAAUCGUAAAGAAAGUUACAUUAAAGUUACAAGGAAUAGCCAUGAAAUAGAACUUAAAGAUAUCCCCGAACAAACAGAAGGUAACGAAAUUAAAAACAAAGAAUUGACAUUCUAUAUUAAUGAUGAAAAGGUUCAUGAGAAGAUGAUGCCUACAUUAGAACGAAUUGACGAACAUAAACAGUUCCACAACAGCGUAUCCCAUAUGACAACACUGGGCGAUGUCGGGGAUGAAGCAACUCCGUGUUCCAGUGAACAGGGAAGCAGUAUACCUUCUGUUAUUGUUUUUACUUUUAAGAAAAAUUUAAUUGUUUUAUGUGCUGGUUUUAUCUUAAUUUUCUCAGCUUUUCGUGGAAUUCAGAAUUUACAAUCUUCUAUUAAUUCUUCCAGUCAUCUUGGAAUAAUAACGAUGAUGUGUGUGUAUGGUUCCAUGUUUUUAACGUGUAUUUUUGCUCCAAUCGUUAUAAAUGUUUUUACGGCUAAAUGGGCGCUUUCAAUUGGAAUGUUGUGUUUUCUUAUAUGGUUUGGAGCAAAUUUUUAUCCACGAUUUUAUACUUUAAUUCCAACAGCUUUGUUAGCAGGAUUUGGACAAGGCAUAUUAUGGAGUGCUGAAAUAUCCUAUAUAUUAAAACUAGCUUUUGAUUCAGCGAGAGUUACGAAAGACCAACUUGACCACGAAAUGUUCCGUUUCCAUGGAAUAUUUUUAGCAUGUUUUCAAACGACACACAUUUGGGGAAAUUUGAUAUCCUCAGUUUUAUUGUCACAGAAGACAGAAAUACCGCCUGCGAACUAUAGUAAUGUGAACUACAUAUAUGAUAUGGAUACUGCAGUCGGUGAGUCAGUAGGGUCAACGGGACAGUGUGGAGCAUUAAGUCCAUGUGAUCAGAGAUCGAGUCCACCUUUAUUAUUUACAACAGAGUAUGCAGGUCCAAGUGACGUGUCCCAAGUGUUAUGGAAGUUGAUGUGUGCCUAUAUAGUUCUAGGAUUUCUAGGCUUCUGUUUGAUUUUACUUAUACUAGAUAGAAUAGGCGCAAGAUCAGAUCCAGAAAAAACAGGUUAUCAGGUUACGUCAACCAGUAAUGUUUCUAUCUACGUUAUAGUUACCAGCAAGUGAUCUGAUUGGUCACAUCUGCUAAUUCUUCAGCAUUUCAUUUCCACAAGGCGAUAAGACCGCCAUGUUGUGCGACAGCACGUGCAGAAUCCCUGCACACAGGCAUCUGAGACAGCACGUCAGACAGUGGGAACACACGGAAGACCCAUCAUAGACCUUACCGUGGACCGAUCCUCACCCCUCGCCAUCGACGUGAACUGGCGACACAGGCAAUGGAGAACUGUUCUGUUCACAGAUGAGAGUCGGUAUUGCGUAUCAAUUGCAGAUGGCAGGACAAGAAUAUGGCAUCGACGUGGCCAGCGAUAUUCUGACCAAUGUUUCAUGGAACAAAACUCAUGGAGAGGGCCAAGCAUAAUGGUUUGGGGUGGAAUCGGUCUGAAACAGAGAGUGGGGCCUGUGGUGUUCCAAAAUCUUGGUCCAGGGAGAUGAGGCGUCACCACAGCAGUGCGCUACAUCGAUCAAGCUCUCAGACCCCACUUCAUACCACAUUUCGCACGUCAUUGAAACAACGUUUUCCAGCAUGACAACGCCCGUGCCCACACCGCCAGGGUUAUUCGGGACUUUCUACAGCGAAUGGUGUCAACGUUAUGCACUGGCCAGUUCUUAGUCCGGGCUUAAACCCGAUUGAACACAGCCGAUGGAUUGCGCCAGGCUUUUCUGAAAAUGUGUUUCCAGGUGCCAAUGGCGUUCAUCAAUCGUCUGGCCCACUCCAUGUACAGACGCUGCGCUGCUGUUAUUGACACUUGUGGUGGACACACCAGAUACUGAUGUAUAGACUGUGUACAGACUCUAAACCUUCUCGUAAUGUCUUUGAAUUGUGAUACCACAUUGUCAUAUCACAUUUCGCACGUCAUUUAAACAGCGUUUUCCAGCAUGACAACGCCCGUGCCCACACCGCCAGAGUUACUCGGGACUUUCUACAGCAGAAUGGAGUCAACGUUGUGCACUGGCCAGUCCUUAGUCGGGACUUAAACCCGAUUGAACACAGCCGAUGGAUUGCGCCAGGCUUUUCUGAGAAUGUGUUUCCAGGUGCCAAUGGCGUUCAUCAAUCGUCUGGCCCACUCCAUGUACAGACGCUGCUCUGCUGUUAUUGACACUUGUGGUGGACACACCAGAUACUGAUGUAUAGACU